AUGUCAAUCCCAAGGCCAAAAGAACUCUUCCUAGCGUCGUCUUUACGUGAUGGUCUGGAAGACAAUAACAUCAAUCAAGUCACUACACUUCUGGAGCAUAAGGAAGCCGAUCCCAACAUCCUCCUUCCGAUGCACGGCAUCUCCCCGUUUCACCUAGUUAUCGGUAAUGAGUCAGAAAGCUUCGCAGAAGACGUCACUCGUCUCUUCCUGCGUCAUGGAGGAGAUCCCAACGUCAGGUCUGUGGAUGGAAUGACUCCAGUACACGUUGCAGCCGCCUGGGGAAGGGUUAAGGUAUUGGAACUGCUGCUAGCCAAUGGAGGGGACCCUUUGGCCCUUGACGACGAUGGUCGCAGUCCCUUUCACUACGCCUUUGAUGGUUGCUAUUACGAAGCUAUUGGUUUGUUGGGGCAGUAUUACACAAAACGUCAGGAAGAUGAAGAAGACUCCACGGUAUCAGACGAACCACUAAUUCAGGUGAAAUUGGAGAAGAUCCUUGUCAAUAAGGGAGAUGUAGUAGCUGAAUACGUCCCCUCGGAAAUCGAUUUAACUAGAGAUUCGAUGUCCUCGAGUACAAGUGGAGAGACAACUGGUGAAAAAACAGCUUCAGAGAGUCGAGAGUCUUCAACCUCCCCUGAGGAUCCGCCAUCCGUACGCAGCAGCAACAUAACACUCAGAAGGCAUCAAAUCUGCAAAAAUAAAAACUUGUCCUCUAUGCUGGGGCAGAAUGUACUGAUACUCGACAAGGAAAGAAGUGCUGCUGAGGAAAAGAUCCUCAUUGGAGAGAUCAUUCACAGACUCUCUGAUUCAUUCACAAAAAGUGAAAAUGAGAAUUUUAGUUUGCAGGAGAUGGAAAGGGCCAGGAAUGGAAGACAAAAGAAGUUCGGCAGUCUUCUGCCGAAACCCAAGUACUUCAAGAAGGAUCUGGCAACGCCAAAGAAGGAGAGGACUUUGCCAGUCCAUUUGGAUCACUCUAUCAUCAGCACUUCUCCCAAUUUUCGGAUUGGGCGUCAGAAGAGGGAGGAUACCACUCCUGUUCGGGAGGAAACAACCAGGUACAAGAGUAAUUACACUCCCAAGAGGUUUAAGAGUCCUUCGGACAGGAUAACGGUUACUCCUCAGGUCAAAAGUGCUAGUUCAACUCCUAAGAAACAAACACCAGUUUCAAGAAGGGUACGAGUUGGCCAAAAAUUGAAUGGAAAGACUGACAAAACUCCUCUAAACAAGACUUAUAGGAAGGAUAAUGUAUUAGACCUCUCACCGAACGUUGAGAAAAAUUUGAAAAUGGUUAACAGGAGAUUAUUGUCCAGUGAAUUUGCCAAGAAACUGGAGAAAUCUUUUGACGAUGAGGUUGAAACCAAGGUUGAGGAUUUGAAGAUGAAGCAUUACAAUGAAAUGAAUAACGCAAAAUCUUUGAAUGUUCCUUCCGUUAAUUAUAAUGUUGUACCAGAACAGGGAGUCCGAAAUGAGGGGGUUGGCAAAUUGUGCAAUAGUCCUUUCAGAAAACUGAAUGAUAAGGAUCACAAGACAGGAGUUAAAUCACCAGUGACUCCUAGGAAAAAAAUGAAAAAUGUGAACAUUCCCAUAAAGAUUGAGGGGAAGAAGUUUUUCUUUGAAAGUCCAGGGUCGUCGAACCCGAGGUCACUGACCUCUUCGCCCAAGAGGGAGUCCACGGGAGAGGAGAUAAGACUUUUGAACGAAAUUGAUGAUAUUUAUCGGGAAAAAGGGAAAACACCUCUUGCUUCGGUAUCGAUACUAACUAAUAAUUCGUUGGAUGAUGAGAAAAAUACCGACUCGGAGGAUAUUUCAUUGACAAUGGAUGCUACGGUCUCUCCAGAGAGGGUAAAAUCUUCUGGGGUGAAUUCUCAAGAUGGGACGAGAAAUUCGGACGAUUUUGAUGUCUUCAAAACGCCAUUAAGAUCCACGAUAAGCUCCAGAUGUAGCGUUGAGUCUUUCUUCAGUGUGGACGAGGAAUAUGCUUAUCUAGAUCCUACUAAAAAUGUCGCCUUCCUCGAACGCCGAUUGUGUGUGCUACCACCUAGCAAAGUCGAGACGAUGAAUCACGCCGUACAUGAAUCCACGUGGAUCGACAUGCUCGAACGGAUGUCCCUGGAAUCAAUGUCAAGUGUUCCCGCUUCGAGUGAUCGCAAUAGUAUAAUAUCAGUCGAUCACCACUCUCUUAGACAACGUCUGCAAGUCCUUGGAGAAGCUCCAGGGCCAAUAACGGACACAACUUUCAAUGUUUAUUUGAAACGUCUUCGGAAAUUGGAAAAAACCAUCAAAUCGAGGCAAAAAGAAUUGGCCCCGGAUAAUAAUGAGCCUCCGGCCCACCUGAUCUAUCCAAAAAAUAUUUCGAAGGAUCUUUUGUCAACGGAUUGGACGGUAGAUCCUGAAAAGUAUAAAGAAAUUGAGCACGAAGCCUUCAAAGAGUACAAGAGUCCCUCGGCACACAGGAAUUAUCGAGGAGGAGUUGCUAAAGUAUCUUUUAAUUAUCUCUUGUUAGAUCCUAGAAUUACUAACGAUCUGCCAAGGACUGGAGGCUCUUUAUCAACGUCAGAACGUUGGAAAUUUUUCCUUGAGGCAAUAUUUUACAUUGGAAAAGGAAAAUCUGCGAGACCUGCUGCUCAUCUUUACGAGGCAUUUGAUUUGUGGACAGGGAAAAAAAAGAAUGAUCAACCUAAUGAUAAACUGAAGAGGAUUAUGGAAAUCUGGAAGAGUGGCAAGGGAGUUGUUUCUCUUCAGGUUUUUUCAAAUUCAAUGCAGGAGGAGGCCUUCACCAGGGAAGCUGCAAUGAUUGACGCCCUUGGCCCGGCUAAUUUAAGUAACUGUUUGAGAGGGCAGUAUUAUGGAGUUGUUUCUACUAUGAAUAUGGCCGAGAAAAGACUGUUGGGCAAAUUUUUGCUGUAUAAUGCAAUGCAGAUUUUUAUGUAUGAGGGGGAACGACAGCUAUUCCCCAGGAAUGUUGAAUGAAUUUAUGUGCAUAUAGAUAGAUCUAUUUUUUGUACAGUAGAUUGAAUGACGCCAGAUCUUACAAUUCGGAGAUCCACGAUUAUGGUUAAAGACGAGCUUUAAGAGAAUUCGUGGGAGACAAUUUUUCGAAAUUGUAUAUAUAUCUGUAGGAGUGCGAGAAAUGUUAAAUCGUACUAAACUGUUGUAUUAUUUUUACUUUAAUUAAAUUCAAUGAAUUAUCUUUUUACUUCGGAUUUUCUAAAUGAUCCAAAUGAUUAGUACAAACAGUUACGAAAAACAAGAUUGAUUCACUGACGACUGAUCUCAAGGACAAUAAAGAAGAAUAAUUUGAGAGAAAUUACGUAAAAUAAAUUCACUUGCUCUUGUAUUUAGUUAAUUUUGAAAGAAAAUAAUCUUGUUAAUGUUUAUUCAUUUUCCCAACGAAGUGUACACUUGAUCACCUUAAAUCUUAAUGUCUUGAAUAACUUUAUCCCCAUCACUUCACAAAUAAGGUCGAUCAGGCUUAGUUUUCCUGGCUCUCUUGUCCCUAGCUCUGGGGAACCAGAUGUGCUUAGUGGUGUAAGUCAGUUUUGCCAUCUCAUCGGCAACAACCACAUCUUUCUUCGGAGGACUCCACACUUUGUAAGCCUCUUCCUCUGUGAUCUUCAGCACUGAAUAUGGGGCUGGCUUGACCUGUGGCAGAGGUUUUGAGCAUUCGUAAGGAAAUUUGGCCUCCGGGUGCCAGCAGACUGCCAUGUUAUCCAUAAAAAACACGAGCUCUUUGGGGUUGCUGCUGUAGUUGACCCUCGUACUCCAAAAAGUACGGAGUGAUUGCAGUAAAAAAUUCUUGGGGAACAUCUAUGAAUAGAUAAUCAUAAUGCAACAAAACACAUAUCACUCGUUUAUGUUUCAAUUAUUUAAAAAAAUAA